AAAUAAUCCAAGGAUUGUGACCACAAAACAACUCAACGAUAUCCAUACACAAGCAAACGCUUGACUCAUUGCGCUCCCAGUCCUCCAACUAUAAAGAUCUCUGACUUUCCUUUUUGUUUGGCAGAAGUCGACAGAAAGCGAUGAAAUACUUAUUGAUUGGAAUCGCUUUCUUAGCGCUCGUCGCUAUUGUGAGGGCCCAGAGCUCGUGCCACCUCCGGGAGCUGGACUUAUGUCUCGCCUCAGGCCUGGCCUCGGGUCAGAACCUGCCGACCACCAUCGCUGAGAUCAACAAACAGUGUAAUGGAUUCAAAGAGAUGAACGAAUGUAUCGGCAAUUAUUCGCGUCGGUGUUCAACGAAAGCCAUGCGAGACUUCAUGCGGAGUGUCACCUCUCAGGGAGACGUCAAGUCAUGGUAUUCAGAGUUCUGUACAAAAGACAGUUCCGAGGAAAGGGAGAAAUUCCUGAAACACUCGACGUGUCUGAACACCGCCCAAAAGGAGUCCCGAAGCUGUACCAGGGAUUUGACAGUAGCUCUCGACAAAGCUAUCAAUUCAGACAUUGAGAACAGAAUUCCCGAGAUGUGUUGUGCGGUCCGUCGGAUGCGAAAGUGUUCGUCGGAUAUCAUUGAAGGCAAGUGUGGGAAGGAAGGCAUGAAAUACAUGGGACAGAUGCUCCAGUCGGUCGCCGGCACCCGCAUACCCGAGAUCGCCUGCCGCGACUACGACCCCACCUCCCAGAAGUGUGUCUCCAUACUGCCGGCCCCGGGAACCAAACCCGGCAACACCAAAUCCAAUUCAGUGUUGUCUCGUCUCCUCAAUACCUAUUCAGCCCUUUAAGGCACCCCACGAUCCAAGAGUUUUAAAGAGUUUUUUGUGACUACUUUCCCACCGGAAUAGUAGUGUAUUUCCAAAUACAAUGCGCGCGCUAUCAUUAUUGUCUAAUUAUUACGAAACGCCAUUUCAUACAAACCACUAUUUUAUUAAAUUUAUUUACAAAAUAAAAUAAAAAAAAGUUUUUUCUUUGAA